ACAGCGCUGGCACCGUUAGUUAUUCGAUGUUUGCGGACCCGGUAGGAUCUGCCCAAAAGUACUUCUCUCGGAGCCUUUCGGUCUGAAGGCCUAUGCUGUCUCUUAGCCUCUGGUGGUUCGACCUUUGCGCUGCCCCCGUCGUUACGAGUGAGGCGUGAAAAUUUGUGGGUGGUGUUUUGGUUUUUGCUUGUCGAACGUGGCGCGUGUGGUGUUAUUUUCUGGUGGCGAACGAAAGGAAUCAUAAAUCCGGUUUUAUCACCACGCCGGAGCGUGUUCGCGGUGUUCGAGUGGAGAAGAUCUCGGUAGCUCUUCGGGUCCCCGCUGUUCAAGUGGUUUGGAUAUAUCUCACGGUAGUAGGGUUGAUACAUCGCAGGAUCACGUGAAUUAUCGUACGUGUGUGAAGUCAUAUUGCAGAGGAGGAAGAUAAUUCCCAUCGUCCAAAAGCAAGGCUACGUGGUUUAUACUGGGUUGGUAGAGAUCACAGGAUCCACUGAGUUCGUAUCAGCAAAAUUGCCGAAUCAGAUCGGAACCAAUCAGCUAUUGUAUAGCGGGUUCGCUGUUGGUGUGGGAAAUAUUGGCAGCGUAUGGUCUCUAGAACAAUCAGCAAGCAGAAAAAAUUGUCAUGCUAUCCGAACAAUAGCGCACACGAAAAUUCCGUGCAAAUGUGAUAUUCGAGAAAAUAUAAACGAAACACAGAGUAAACCCUGAAGAGUGGGAUUUGUACCAAAUGUACAUAGGUAGUUUGGGCGAAGUUCGUGGCAACCCCAGCUGUUGGGUUGGAAAUGAAGAGUGGUGAAUUUUGGGAAGAAUCGAGUGAAAAGUGGAUUUGAAAAGAGUAUUUUCGAUUCCUUUAUAUAUCGGUGUGUAUAGAUGAGUAGCUUUUCUAUGUACAACAAAAAGAAGCGCUGUAAGGCCAGCAUUACUCGCGUAGAGUUUCCCAGUCUUACAUUUUGAGAAACGCCGAAGAGGUUGGCAGUCAAUGGAUGUUUGUCAUCUCUUGCUAUUUCUACAACUACUAUUGUGUGUAAAAUCACUAGGACCAAGUGCUUACUACUGGUAUCGCGCUGUGCAAACAACAAAGACCGGUUUAGUGUAUUUCUCUUUUUGUGAAGGUGUUACCGGAUAAAAAUCAUCAAAACGUGGGGCGAUAUCAAGAAAGGUCUCCAAUCGCUGUGGAUGACUAGGCUUUGCAGUCCUUGGGAUUACAGUCAGCGUGACGAGUAUCCUGCUGACAGUUUCGCACAGUUCCUUCACCCGUCGCCCAUCGACAGCAAAGAAAUGGACGACAUGUUGGUGCAGUGCAACAAGAACAGCGUUUACGUACUGAACUCCAGCUACCGAUACCGGGAUUUCGACAUGAUAGAAUUAUUCGGUUCGCCGGCUGGUCGAGCAUUAACAGUGAAUAAUAGAACAGCUGCUGAAAUGCACUCAUGCAGCAAAACGAGCAGCAGUGCCAACAACAUUGCCAGUAGUUGUAGUAACUCCACGAGUGCCACCCAAAGCCACCAUCCCCUUUGCCAGCAACCUCUGUACCAUCCACUUCAGAACUGUGGCUUCAAUGGAACAUGUAGCACCGUAGGCACCGGCCUGAAUCAUGAAGCUGGCAGCAACAGCGAUCUAAUAAGGUAUCAAUCCACUACCCACCCUCAGCAGCAAAGCCUACCACAUCAAACGACAAACUACAGCCACAGCAAUCGAACUAGUUCAAAGAUUGCCAAAAUAUGGAAGCUUUUCGACGAGGACCGAAUACGCAAAGGGACAUCAAACAGCACCGGCAGCACCAAUAACGGCAGUAGCGGUCAUAGUGGGAGUGAUAUCUUCAGCCGAUGUCAGAGCAGGCGAAAACCAAGUCCAGUACAGAUCGAAGCAAAGACCACGAAAGAUCUCUAUAAUGAAGCGGCCCAACUUCUCGGAAUCAAAUGUACCCUUAGUGAUAGCUGCCGAUGCAUCGACUGUCAGAGCCAAUAUUUUGAUUGUGAUGAUUUUGAUUCCUAUUCGGAAUAUUCGGACAAAUCCUAUGACUUGGAGGACAAUUCCAUCGCCAACCAAUCAUACUUUGCCAUCGACAGCAGCCAUAGCCCUCAAGACGAUCUAACUGUCGUCUGCCAGUCAGACGUCCACAAUAUGAGUACUAAUCAAAAUCCCGAUCUCGGAGCAGAAAUUGCUAGCAAUUCCAACCAACAAAUCGAGAGAGCAAAUGCCGAACUGGUGCAUGACCCACACGAGAACAACAAUGGCAGCAAUUGUCUAUAUUCGCAUGAACUGACCCUUGAACAGCAUUCUCUAGGAGGAGACGAUAUUUAUUCCAUGGUCAGUGAGGAAAUGUCACGUAGGAGGAAUAAUGAGAAUACAAUCGAACUGGAUCUACAAGCGGAAUCAGUGAUGCCAAAAUUUGUUGGAGAUUACGAUAGAAGGUCAGACGGAAUGUUCAAAUUAGAGGAAAAUGGCAAUUUGAUAGCAUGAGACCGUCGAGCGAGUGUCGCAGCAUCCGUUUCCAUCAAGAAAACUAUCGCUAAAGAUGACAUCCAGGAAACAAAUAAGUGCAGCUUUACAGGAGCUCCCUUCGACGUCCGGUAGAAUCCACGAAGACUGCUAACAGUGCAACGGUUUUCCUGAUAUUCUUGCCUCAUUCAAUAUGCUGAGACGAUCGAUUCCGUUAAGAUCGCGCUGCUAGUCACAGACGAAUAGAUAGAAGAUAACCAUUUCCAUCCGAUAACCUUCUCGUCAUCAUCCCAUCCUCCAAAUCAACCCGAUAAACUCCAGGGCGUUGAAAACACGUGACAAGCGGCAAAGUCACGUUCGACGAUCUGGAUCCAUUAGUUUUAAGUGGAUUACUUCUGGUACGCUUGCCACAUAGAAGGCAACGGUCUUGAGCAGAAUGUAAGCCACGCGUGCCGUGGGUCAUUGUUUUUCUCUCCUACAAGCCAGAGUGAAGUGAAGAUCCUGAUACGAACAAAAAGAAAAACGACUGUACCGAACAGAUGGAUAGACGAUUCAAUUCUGCCUGCCACAACCCACACGAGAAUACGUUGGAAGGCAAUGGGCAUAAAGGUCAUAGCUUCUUACUGAAAGGCGUUUGUGAGAAUUCGACGAUUCCCACGCAUUUCUGAUUAUAUGGUAGGAUGAAAUAGAAAUGUUUUUUUUGUUUUCCCGGGAACGGUUUACAUUCUCAACUCAUUUUUGUUUUUUUCUAUUUUGCGAAAUAGGAAGUACGACAAAAACAUUAUACAGCUUGAUUUAUUUAUUCGAUGAUCAGAUAGUCUUUUGCUGUGACUCACAGAUGUCUUGCAUGUGCCAAAAAUUAAAAAUAGAAUGAGUGAUACAUUGAAUAUAAGGAUUGUGGAAAAUAUAUUUGUGAAACAUGUAGAACCCAAUGAACAAACUCGCAGCACCCCUUAAGGUGUGAUGAUUAUGAAAAAUUCAGUAGGUAUUUCCGAAGCCAACUGGCUAUGUUAAAGGCUAUUUGUAAUUUGAGACAGAUAUCAAUUCGAAAAACGAUUGACAAAUUCGCAUCAAACUAAUGUAAUUUACAAAAAGAACAAUCGACAUAGGAAGUGGGAAACUAAAUCAAAUGGUUUAUUUUGUAGUUAUCUACUACCGACAUGUUUCGUGAAAUGUUUUUAUUUUUAUAAAGCUUUCAAAGCAAAUGUUUUAAUAUGACAUUUUCAUCGUAGGCAUCAUUUAACACAAACUUACUCGAAUGUUUAGAAUCAUCAUAAGAAUACAGUACGUACCUUCCUAACAGCAGAAGAUAAAACGACCAAACUUUUCCUUUGCACAGGUUCGCAGUAAUUACAGCUUAUUUUACCGAACAGUCAUUUGCUUAAUUUUCCUUUUUCCGAUAGCGUCCGUUGCUGUGUCUAAUUUCCAAGCUUAGGUAUCCAAAACAGAACUGGGAGAAUUGAUGCGCUGACUACCGGAAAAGGCUCUUGCGGAGGUGAUUUGGAACAAUGGUAUACCAUUAGUGGAUAACUGGAAACUGGAAAUGAUGCUGUUUUAGCAUUUGGUUAUUUGUUCUCCGUCGAAAUGAGGAAAAACCUCCCUAGUUGCUGUUUAUUCUGAUAUCGCUAAUUACUGUGUUGUGUUUUACAAUUAGGAACGUCAGUAGCGCGCUAUAGCGGCACGAGCGUUUUUGCCGUUCGGAGCUAAAAAUUAAAGUCGUCACCCCUUUUAUUGCGAGCUGCGAAUUAAUCAAUCAGUUUUUUGUAUGUAAAAGAGAUAUGAUGAAAGUUUCAAAAAAAUGUUUGCAUUUAAGUGAUUUUUUGAAUUUCAUUACCAAUAUUUUAUCAGGAAAAAUUCAAAAACAUAGAUGUUGGCGUAAGAGUACUUGUCAAUAUUAUUUCAAAUUUAAAGGGGUUUCUUUCUGCAUUUAUUGCAAAAUAUCAACAUGAUAAAUCGAAUUUCAAAGCUGCAUUGAUUACAUAUUUUUGGCUAACCGAUUCAUAACAAAUAAAAUAUUCCUCGAAUUUUCUUGUAAAUUACGAUUACAAAAUAAUUAACAACAAAUGUUCUAGGAGAGUUAGCGAAAGAAAACGCAUACUAAUAUGUCUCAGUUGCUAGCACGGAGUAAAAAUAUCCGAUUCUUUUUCUUUUUUAAUUCCUUUUAUUUUUUUAUUCAAUUUUUUUCGAAUCUUUGGUUAUGACCGUACAGACGCAUUUGAAAUUAAAUGUAUACUAUAAGUAACUUCCAUCUACACUUGGAAUCGUUGAAAUCGAACAUAUGAGAUUUCGUUAAAUUUGCGGCAACAUCUGUCGAUUAUUUUGGCCAUAUACAUUUCAGUGAUUUCUGCAGAAAAACGCAGCGGGACUCCAAAGUCUGCAGAUCAAACAACAUGCAUCGGUCUGCGUAUGGCGGCAUUCUAACGAGAUCGUUCAAUUGAAGUUUCUUGCGAGCGAAUUGCACGAAACAUCUUUGUGCGCGCUCAAGUCUGUCACUUUGGGUGGCAUGAUAUAGCGUCCAUACUUGUACAACGUACUCCAGAAUAUUUCUAAUCAAGGCACAGUAAAGAGACUUUAGGGCGUAGAUAGCAUGCAUCAUUCCGUUUUAAAAAGCCUAGUAUUCCAAAUACUUUGGUGCUUGUUGCCGUGAUAGGGUCAGAACAAUUCAAUUUACAAUCACAGAGAACUCCCAGAUAACGAAUAGAAUCGACUAAUUUUUUUUUGUCGAACUGUAAUUAUCCAUAUUAGUAUUUUUAUCAGACAUUACUAUUAACUGGUAUUAAACAAUAAUUAUCGGGUUUUGGAGAAUAUGGAGAGCAGAAAAAUGGGUUUAUUAAUAUAUUUAAUCGUAGAAUUUAACUACAAAUAUUGAACAUGGCCUUAACUAACUUUUGCGAAUUAUUUUUUAAAAUGGUCUUUUGACUAUACAAAUUUCACUUAAACUAGACUUCAGCUGCGCAUUUCUGCGCCCAGAAUACCUAGAGAAUCUAAGAUGUUGUAUAUGUUUUACGAUAUAAUUCAGACGAAAAGCUUUAUUUCAUAUUGUCAAAUUUUGUUAUAUUAUCGUUACUUCAGAUUUUGAAAUCAUUUGGCUUAAUUAUUAUUUUCCCAAAAUUUCUUAUCGAUCGGUUCAUUAUAACUUACGUUAUAUUAAUUUAUUGGGCGCUACUUUUUGAAACACAUGUCGGUACGGAAUAUUUGAAGUAUCAGGCAAACGGCGCACCCCACUUCAAGAAUUUUUAAUGAAAAACCAUGAAUUUUUUUUUACAAGCUCUUCAAAACAAGUACUAUUUGAUACUCUACAAAAUGUUAAAAAAAUUAAUGUAAAUGAUUAGUGUAAUAAGAAAGGCUAUAUCACACUGAUAGGCGGAUAUAAUCGAUUUUUUAAUGCGAAAUUCAGCGACCCAACAUUUAUUUAUGAACUGUACUAUCGUGCCAUAAUUUGUAUUUCAUAUAUUUAUGACCGCCUCCCCUACGGACUGCAACCACUGUUCGCUGGGCUUAUUGAAUAUGCUUGACCACUUAUUAUUUAUCCUAACAAUCGUGGAGCGAUCUGGAGAUAGGACAGCAAAUCCCAGCUACUGUAGUUUCCGAAUUGCGAUGUUUCGAAAUACUUUUUUAGGGCCUUUGAAAAUUUGAUAUUUAUUUCAUAUUAACUUUUGAAAAGGGCUAAUAAGAUUUGUAAACAAACUUUUGCUGAUUUCUCCUGAUUUGUUAGAAUUUCAACACAGAAAACAUUCGAAAUCGCUUCUACGAAGGGUAAAGGAGUAGAUUAAUGUGCAUUUUUAUCAAAUUUCAUUCGCUUCGCAUUAAUUAGCAAAACAAGUUCGUUUACAAAAAUCUUUUUAACCCUUUUGAAGAAUUAAUAUUGAAAUGAAUCCAUCUGAUGACAAUAUGGCAAAAAAGCUAUAAAUCAUUAGGUUAGAUGUAGUAGAUCGCUUCAUGACAAAUUCAAGCUGAUAUUCCGAGAUUAAGUGAAAAGCAACUACGUACAUAACAUUGUAGACUAGUUUAGCUAGACAGUUUAAUACUAAGAUAGGGUGAUGAGCCUAUUUGCGCCAUGUUUCUAUUAUCACCCUACCCAUUUGAAGCCGUUGGUUAGAGUAGUGUCUGCCAUCUUUGUUCAACGCAUUGAGUCAAAUGGUAGCGCAACAAUAGGGGCACUCGAUUCGAGUUUUCUUUGUGCUCAAACACGAGAAGUUUACUGUUUUCAAUGCAUUUGUGUUAUUAUAUUGGUUCUCAACAACGAAGCAAAGCGGUUGAUGUCAAUUUUUACGCAUUCCAUUAAUUGUAAGGCAAGAAAUUGCCGAAUUAAUUAGGUACCUUGCUUAGUAUGGUGAAAAUAGGCUCAUCACCCUACCUCUCGACGUUGUUAAUGUUUCCAGCUUUACGUAUAGGAACGAUUGCAGCUUCUUUCGACACGGUAGAAAACAUUCCAUCAGUGAGUGAACGAUUGAACAUGAUGAAACUAACUGAAAGAGCCAUCAGGAAUCAGUAGCAACAGGUUCAAAUGACACGUUCACCAUGUUGGUUGGAUAUUUGUGCCUGGCCGUGAUUUGUCUAUUCAUCAUGAUAAGAGGAACAUUGACAAUUAUCGAGGAAUUUCUACGCUCUGUGCCAUUUUCAAGCUCUUUGAGUUAGUCGUGGUGGAGGCAGUGUUUUUUCAAUGUAAGGAAUAUAUUUCUAAAGACCAACACGGAAUCAUGCCGAACCGAUCGACGACAACGAAUCUACUAUCUCUAACCUUUUUUGUGUCCGAAGGGUUCGAUGCGUAUCAACAAACUGAUGUUAUAUCUCGUUGACCGUCAACUCAGUGUGAACAUAGGUGUUGCAUACUCCAAACUGUUCUCCUCAACGAGCAGUACUCCGCAAGGAAGCCAUCUCGGACCAUUCAUAUUCACUCUCUAUUUCAACGAUGUAAACUAUCAGCUGAAAGGGCCACGGUCGUCGAAUGCAGAUGACAUAAAUAUUUUCAACAGAAUUAAGAACCGAACGGACGCACUUUAUUUGCAGAAGCAAUUUGACACUUUCAGCAGAUGAAAACAACCGAAUGAUUGUGAAUCCGGCGAAAUGUUCUGUGAUAUCGUUCUCCAGAAAAAAAGAUCCCAUUGAGUUUGAAUAUAACUUGUGAAGCGCCCUGGAGCAACAACUUACGGAGCCGAAGAAGGAAAACACAAUAAAACUCUUUUAAAGGUCAGCAAAAAGCCAGCCGACUCUAAAUUUUUCUAAAGUUUAUAUAGUAGAAUUUUUGCUUAUAUCAGCAAAAAUUACACUUACUAACAAUCUCUUUCCUUAUUACUCCUAAGUCCUCGGUACGUAAUAUACCCCUCUUCUCUAUUCUAACGUGACUCAUGCUGUCACCUACUAUUUUCCGAUGCUCCACCGAGCAUAAAUAACUCCUAGUUGUCGUGGUGUUAAUGAGUCUUCGGCUCGUAAUCGUGGCCGUAAUCGCCUUCAAUUUCUCCUCAAUUACACAUUCCGGUUGUAUUUACGUUACAACAUUUGCCCAAUUUAUCUGUGUGAAUAUGAAGCUCAGCCGAAUGUACAUACAUUCCUUUUAAAACUACUGCUAAUAUGUUCUACCUACACUGACAAUAUAACUUCGUAAAUAUAAUUAAAUCGAUCAUACAAUGCACGAAUUCAUUCGUUGUUUUCUGCAACGAAGUACUUUCGUGCAUUGUAACUAGUAAGUUUCGUUUAUUUCAUGAAAAAGAAUGGCCGCUUGGUGAACGAAGGCGUUCGUAAAUUUUACACAUCUAAUGUAAACUGCACAAAUGUAAUCGUUGAUAACGACACUAAUUUUCGUGAAUGAAACGAAAUGUUUCGUUUAUUUCAAUAAACGUUUGUGUAUAAUACGAACGAUUUCAUUACUCACACGAAUUUAUUUCGUUCAUCUUAGGAAAGUUUUCGUAUUCAUUAUUUUUGCAAUCGAUAUUUUAGGAUCGAUGUCUGACGACAACGAUUUUUUUAACUAACUAAAAGAAUCGAUCUGGCAAAAUCGAUUUUAUUUCAACCUGCUCACCUGUAUUGAGGACUAGAAAGAUUGUGGUGUGAUGAAAUGGACGCUUGAUGAACACAAGUUUUAGUAAAUUUUACUUAUCUAGUGGACAUGGUACGAAUGAAAUGAAAUGAUUCGUUUGUUUCAAUAAAUGUUUGCGUAUAUUACGAACGACUUCGUUGGUCGCAUGAAUUCAUUCUGUUUCGUAUUUAUUAGCCUCUUAUUGUUUUCAGUCGAUCUUUUGGGGUCGAUGUUUGAAAACUUCGAUUUUUUUUUAAUUUAAAAAAAUCGAUGUAGCCAAAUCGAUUUUACUGUGGUGUGAAGAAAUGGCCGCUUGAUGAACGAAAGUUUUCGUAAAUUUUACUUAUUUAGUGUACAUUGCACGAAUGUUGUCGUUGAAAACGACAUUACUUUUCGUGAAUGAAACGAAAUGUUUUGCUUAUGUUAAUAAACAUUUGUGUAUAUUACGAACAAUCUCGUCGGUCGCACGAAUUCAUUUCGUUCAUCUAAGAGAAGUUUUCGUAAUCAUCUUUCAUCGUUCAUCUCUCGUCAUUCUCGAUUAGUUAAAUUUUGUGAGGAGUAAAGUGCAUAACGUUAAAAGUUAAUUAAGUAGUUAAUUUCUCCGGGUAAAAUAGUGGCCCUGUAACUAGAAUCUUUAUCUAAACGAUAGCAGCGCAAGAAACCAUACAGCAUGGCUGUUAAAGCAAUCACCGAUCACCACUUCCAAACCGAACUAGCCGCAGCAGGAGGAAAAUUGGUCGUUGUGGAUUUUUCCGCAGCUUGGUGUGAACCGUGCCGAAACAUAUCGCAGUUGUUCGAUCAGAUUCCGGCGAAAUAUCCAAAUAUAAAUUUCUCAAGGUGGACGUCGACAGAUGUACCGAAACGGCGCCGUCCCAGGGCAUGUCGACCAUGCCAAUGUUUAUUUUCUACCGAGCCAGAACAAAGAUUGACAGGAUGCAGGGUGCAGACAUUAAUGGACUUGAAGCCAAAAUACAGAAACAUUACGUCGCCAGCUUGUAUGAAUCUGGAGAAGAUUACGGUCAUGGAAUGUUGGACUUGAACACCUUCAUCCAGAAGAACCAGUGCGAAUGUUUGAACGAAUCGAACGACCACCCGAUUGUGAAUGCGCUCAGUUCCAGCGCUGGUCAUCUGGUGUCCGAUUGUGACGAACAGUUGAUCAUUUCGAUUACCUUCAAUCAGCUGGUCAAAAUCAGUGCCAUCAUGUUCAAAGCACCGCCCUCUCACGGACCGAAAAAAUGUGAGAAUCUUUAUCAAUCAACCAAGCACCAUCGAUUUCGAUAUGGCCGAAUCGCAAGUUUCGGUGCAGAAUCUGGUACUGGAGCAGAUUGUUUGAGCCGCUGGGAGAAGGAUGGUUAGAAGGCGGUGGAUAGGUGCGAUGACGAAUAUGUUUGAUCGUAUAUUUAAAAGGUUAAAGAUAGUGAUGCGCGUUGACUUGUUCUUUUUAUAAAUUGUUCAAUGAGCAAGAAAAAUGGCAUAUUAUUUUGAUAUUUCUCCGGCAGAGAAAAACUCAAUCUUAUUCAUACAAAACCAACGAGCAGUUCGCGAUGGCUCAGCUGAAUCCGUACAGCUCCGGAUUCUGGAUCAACUGGAAACGAAAGAGGUUUAGGAAAUCUUCCUGAAACCGGCGGGCACGGAUACGGCUACUAAAUAGUCAGACUGAGACCGUCGUGAUGAAUUGUUGACGUAUUCUACCUCUAUUGAAGCUUUUAUGACGUUGACGGUUUGACGAAUAGUACUCGUAAAUAUUACAAAGAUGUUCGUAUAUAGCAGCGAACAAUUCGUUUGCCGAAUGAAGCUGUUUCGUAAUAAUCCAACGAAAGUCGUUUCGUGGUAUUCACGAAAAAUUCGUAAUAAAAAAUAAAAAUGUUUCAAUAGAACUACGAACGAUUCAUCAUAUGUACGAAAAAAUUCGUAUAUUUUAUGAAAAUUGUCUGUACGAAACAAAUUCCUGACGAUUUACGAAUAUAUUCUAUCAGUGUACUACUAUACGACAUGCCAUCCUAUUCUAUUACCCGAAACUUCUGCUAACAUAAUUAUGUCCAUAAUUUGCAGCACGCCCAAUUAUUUGCCUUCGUUUUUACAUAUUGGCUCGGCUGAGUUCUAUAUGAUCGAUAAGUAACACAGUAUAAACAUAAACAAUCUGUAGCCGGUAUGCAUGAGUCACCGAUCGUUACUCGCGGUGGCUAGUGAAAAGUAAAUAUUGUUGCCUAAAGUGGGUCGUGGAAGCAUAUUGUUGUUUACGCGGAAUUUCGCUUACGCUUGAUUUGCUUCAAUUCGAUUCUCUUUUACUUUUAACUCUACGUAUGACUAGCCAUAAUUUAGGUAUUCUGGAAAUUGGGUCGCUGCACUUGCCUGGAGCUCUUGUUCCCCGCGUGAGCUGCGAUAAGGAUUUUAGACUGCUGUUAGAUUCGAAACAUAUAUUUAUUAAUCACAUUUCGUAUGUUGUUGAUAAAGCAUCGCAAAGUCUUGGCGUCAUUUUCCGUACGGAUAAAUCCUUCACAGACAUUUAUUGUCUCAAAAGCCUCUACUACUCUUAAGUGCGCUCUACGCUGGAAUAUUGUUCGGCAGUCUGGAGCCAGAAUUACAUGAACAGCAGCGAUCGAAUUGAAGGCAUUCAAUGAAAAUUAAUACGGUAUGCUCUUCGACACCUGCCUUGGUGCGAUCCUACCAAGUUACGAGAGUCGGUGUCACCUCAUCCAGCUCGAUACCCUUCAGCGUCGUAGAGAAACUGCAAGAGCCUUAUCCAUCUCUGAUCUUCUGUCAGGACGCAUCGAUUCUCCAGAUUUACUAGAGCGAGUCAACGUUCAAGCAAGGUCCCGAAAGUUACGCGGAAACGUUCUUCUGAGAGUGUCGUUUUGACGAACUAUUCACACCGCUAAUGCCGCUAUCACGGGACUACAACGCUUCUUCAAUCGUGUGUCGCACCUGUUCGACUUUCGUUUGUCUUGGAUAUCAUUAAGAAAUCGAUUCCUGCAGUUUUUAGAAGUAAGUCGUUAUUGGGGCCGAGUGUGGCCUGUUGAUGCGUGUGAUUCUCAAAAAAAAAAUCAUUUUCCUGAUGGGAAGGAUUGGGGAAGUAGUAAGGAUAGGGAUAAGGAAAAUAACGACACAGAGAACAUAGACAAUAUUCUUCAGUUCCAAGGAAAUAAAAAACACUUCUCAAUGAUUGCACAUAUCAAUACCCCCUAAGAGAUAUUGAGAUAACAGAACGACAGCACCCCCAAAGAGAUAUUGUCAUUCAAAUAUGACUAUAAACCUAUUAAGGUUUAUAAACUUUCGCCAUGACUUUUUGGAUGCCACAGUUCUUGUUUCGUCAGAAAUUCCAAAGAUCGGUCGUCGAUGCUGCCGAAAUAUUGCGGUAUUUUUUCUGUAAUCGACAUGGCUAUCAGAACUACCCCGCAUACUCUAUAGCUCCUUACCACACUGGGUUAUGAACAAUAGCAUAUCCUUAAGUUUCAGCUCUCUAUACAUAGGUUCACCUAUGUAUGGAAAACUAAAAAUCCGGAUACGCAAAUGCGUUACUGCUGGGCCGUUACAUAUUAAAUGAUAUAAAGCUCCGUGAUCGGAUUCACAAAGAUCACACGAUUAAUUCUCAGCACGCUGAACAGUAGUCAUGUGAUAAUUGAAUUUGAAAUGUCCAGUCAAGGCCCUGAUUAGAUACUGCAAUUGUGUUUGGAAAAAUGUAGUAAUUUUUUUCAAAAUUUUCGGAAUCACAGCCGCUAGAAAAGUUUUUGUUUGAACGCACAGCAAAAAAAUAUGAAAAUUGACUUAAGCGUAUUUCAUGAUAUCGCAGAAAAACUAUUCGUGUAAUUAUGUUUCACGAAUAAAUUUACGCUAUAUAUCAUGCACAUAAAAUGACUCCUGAAAAUCGUGCAAAUCUGUAUGUUCCUGUGGAAAUUUACAUUAUUCUGCUCGAGACCUGCGCGCUAUUCAUUCAACUUGCAGGUAAAAUAUAAUAAAGUAGAAUUCGAAUGAUUCCAUCUUUUCCUGCUGACUAAUACAGAGCAAAACUUUCAAUCGCCCAUUGGAUCAAUUCGGUUGUCACUAUUCUACGAGCAAAUGCCCAAGAAUCAGAACUACCUGAAAAGAACUCAGAGGCAGUCGUCAGUACAGCCUGGAAAGUCUACGUCAAAAGACAGUUUAGUACUACAUUUUUUUAAUCUACUACUCUCAUUGGGACUUGAGGCAGUUGUGCAGAGGCUUUUCCAACCACUUCGCUCGGAGGAUCGAAUGGCAUUUCUGUAUACUUUGCGAGCCAACUUAAACCCUUCCGUCCUGUACCUGCGUCUGCGAUUCCAAGCUCUUAUGCAUAAAUUUUUGAGUCGAUAAAGUUUGGUAUUACAGUUCACUGCCGUGGUACGCAUAACUGUCCCAUCUGCAUAGAAAACCCGUAGCAAAUGGGACUGUUAUGCGGAUCACGGCAGUUUAGUACUAAGACACCUCUAUAAUUUUCGACGUUGUGAAUAGUUCCAGUUUCGUCGGAUCACCAACAUUCAGAGCUUUGAAGACGUCGGCCUCACUAACAAUUUUGCCAAAUACUCGCCUGAAGGGGUAAUGCAAUCGCUGUUAAACACUUCACGAAAGAAAGCUGCAAAUAGAUUCGCGGCCUUAGCUGGGGAUUGCGCAUUGAUGUUCCCUAGAAAGACAAAUCACGAAAGGUGGAAUUCCUGGCGGUUUCAUACUGCAGCUCGGUUUGAUGAAGCGCUAUUGUAGUUACGUCUGGUUCACUCUUUGGCUUCCGGUAUAUUCAGCAAAUAAAACAGAGUGAUGCGGAUGAGUAAUAUGUAUUACGAUUUCCUACAAAUUUCAACUCUGUCUAUGCUCAGUACAGAGCCUGCGGGGUAGUUCUUCAUCGCUAUGAGAACGCCACCACCAUGGCGCAGAUGCUUUGGAAUAUUCGACCGACUGGAACUGUUGAGAUACGGGACCGGAAGGUAAUCGAUUUUCGCAACAACGCAACAACGAUCGAAAGCGGCUGAGUGCUGAAGCUGGGCUGGCAAAUCAAUUUGUUUUGAAUUCGUUAAUUGUAGGCAGUCUGCAACGCAGGAGCGAAUGCAAUGUUUUUUUAAUUCCUCACUACAGUUAGAAUAAAUGAACAUCGCUUUGCCCUGGGCAAAUGUCUCCUUACAGCCGCGAGUGUUGAAACCACUGCCGUUUGGUAUGAUAAAAUAUCCAGCAUAAUUCACAUCGCAACGGCUAAGGAUCAUUGAUAUCCAGUUUGCAUUGUCCGCAUUUUUCCCCGUUCGCUUUGCUCCGGAUUCGACAGCGACGGAUGAAGAUGAACGGGCACGAAUAAAACGAAGAAUUGGCGUCGAAUUGUGAUAUGAUUACCAAAAUAACAGUGAGAUGCACUUAAUAAUGGUUUCUAUGAGACAAUCCAAGUCUUACAAGUGGUAUUUGCACGAAAAUUGAAACUGAACUGAACAACUUUUAUUACGCCUACCAGACUUGCUGUCGGGUAUAUCGUGAUUAUGGAAUAUCUAUAUCUACCUCGAGUUGGAUCACCGCAAUGCUUAGUAACCGCAUUAUUUGCUCGUCACUGAGACCGUGAGAGAUACGGAAGUUGAGUAUUUGCGGUUGUCUCCAGGGUGGCGUUCUGUCACCUUUCUUAUGAAACAGGAUUACCGAUGGUUUGUUAAAAAAUCUCAAUGAGCUUGGAUUUCCGACCUACGGGUUUACUGACGAGUACCAAAUACUAAUUACUGGACUUUACAUCGUAACAAUCUUUGACUUAAUGCAACAAUCAUGAACAUGCUAUUGCAUAGUGGUGUCAACAAAUUAAAUUAUCUGUUAAUCCUAACUAAACUUCAAUGGUGCUUUUCACGAAGAAACGAAUAACAACCGGGGCUCGUCCCACGCAGAUCAUUGACUAUGAGAUUCUGUGUGCGGAUCAAGUCAAGUUCUUUGGCGUUAUAUUGAAUUACAAACUGAAUUGGUCUGCUCAUAUUGAGUUCAGAUUCAUGACAACAUGCAUGGCCUUCGGGCAGUGCAGACGAUCUUUCGGGAAAACUUGGGGCUUCAAACCCAAAUACACAAUAUGAUGGCAGAAGGGGAAGGUGGUAACGAUCCAGUCAAAGCUCAACCAUCUGCAUACAGACUGCAGGUAACUGAUCUUUGGAACCGUAACCAUGUUGAUCUUGCUACCAGUCAAGUCACACAUGACUGUGUUCAUGGGGUGAAUAAUUUCUGGCUCCCAGUGAUACUACACUCACAUGUAGUUUACCUUAUAGGAAAUUCCAUGUAAAGUCAAGAACAAGUACAGGAUCGUCCCUGAUGGAAGGACGAGCUUGUGUCGGGAUCUACUGUCGUGAAAUGGGGUUGUUGCUUUGAAUGUUGAGGGGGAAAUAGAGUUUCUAAUAUCCGCCAGCUUCGAAUUCGUAGAAAAUAGAGCCGUUAAAAAGUAAUUAAAUUAAAAAGCGCGCAUAACCGCGUAAUCAAAGAUGGUCCCACCAAUGAAAAAAAAAUCUUCUGGUCAAAUGUGAGAUGCCGCUCCAAAGUAAGUGACACAUUAAACAUGGUUUGUUGAUCAGAAUAUUUGCUAAGCAUUCAAAAUCUGAUCCAUUAAAUUAUGAUUUUGAACGUUCUAGGCUCCUAGGCCAUCUUUGGGCUAUGAUAUCCUAGAAAGAGCACAUCAUUAUCACAUUGGUGAUCUUUUCAAUCUAUUUUAGUUUCUCGCUCAACAACCCUUCUCUUUACUAGGGGCACUAGGCGUUACACUGGUCGAGAAACAAUGGUUGUUAUAAAUUGUAUACUGAUGUUGAUCGUAUUAGAUGAGUUUUAGAAACACAAGCGCAGGGCUAUCUUGAUAUUCGGAAUGCCUACAGUACUGACUCGUGAUCUGGCGUACAAAGCUUGAUCUGAGGAAUAACAUGCACUUAUAAUUUGAUUUUGCCAUGUCUGGUUGUAAGUUAUUGGCUUACUCCUCACUCGAAACACCUUUAAGAACGUCUGAAAAAAGUUAUUUCAUAUCUCAAUUCACCUCUUUUUAGUGCGAAUCUUUGUCACCGUCUUUGUACCCGUACAUAGACGCAUGGAUAUGUCAAUACUUAACAUCAACCGCAACGGUUCACUUAGCAAGAAUAUUACACAUUGUUCUAUGUCUUCGCACAAUGUGCAAGUCAUCAAAAAUCUUAAAUCUGUUUCGUUGUGCGUUUCAGUUUCCACUUCAGUAUCGUUGAAUAUGUCUCUAGUGGAUCGAAUUGGGACCAAUUUGGAGAAUUCAGCUCAUUUGGGACGAAUUCGACCCCAAUGUCGUUCUACCAUUAAAGCAAGUCUUUGUAGUUAUGACUGCUGGCUAGAUCUGGCCAUAAUGUAACUUGAGCAUCAUAAAACUUAAUGAAGACUAAAAUCCGUUUGUUGGGGCAAACUUUUUAACAUACUUUCGAAUUUUUAGGCUUAUCCGUCACAAAAAUACUGAUUUUCUUGCGACAGGAACAAUUGCCAAAUCAUAUUUUUUCGAGAAUUUUUUCUUGCCCCUUCCACUUUUGCUAGCCGGUUGGAGCCGACUAUGAUUAUCACGCAUGUAAGCAUAUGAUAUGGUCUUCAAAUUGACUUGCGUAGUUUUCCUGAUUUUGCAGUAACCCGUUAAACUUCAACUUUUAUAAAUCAUAUCAAUCGUCUAUUAUACCUAAUACGUAAUAUCACAUAUUAUCUAGAGUUCUCUUUUGUUCCUGGGGUCCACGCAACAAUAAUAUCACAUGCUACCUAGACACAAACAUUUGCUCGUGUACCAAAGUUGUGCAGUGAAAUGAAAUCAAAUCAAAUAAAUGAGUCUCAGUAGUUGCAAUUUACAACAAAAAGUGAAACCCGCUUAGGUAUCAGCGACCAAGAAACAGAAUAAGAGUUGAAAUAAUAAUUUUAUUUUCAAUUAGACCAUAGAACUAUAGCUGCAAUGGGUAUAGGUUCUUGUUUCACUGCUUCGUGGAACUUUCCCAGCAAAUUUAAUUUAUUUUUGCAAAGUUUGUUGCAACAUCGUUGCUGCGAAUGGGAAAAGAGACGACAAGAAAAUAAGAAAUAAAUCUUAUUGCUGCGUAAAUAGACAUCUGCAUGCAAACUUCCGAUAAAUUGCGAAAGACACAGUUUACAGAAUAGUUGUUCGUUCCUAGGCGAGUUUUAUAAAUUUGUAUAUAAAUGAGAAUUAAACAUCCAGAGAUGGGACGACAGGAAGCAGAAAAGUUUUUUCUUGUGAGCUGAAAUAAAGCAUGUGAAAGUAAUAUGUUAGAUUUUGAAUUGUAUAAGGUGUGAGUAACUACAUUUUCUUAAUGAAUGGUGUAAUGGUCUGAAUAACUACUUUUUCUUAAUUCCCAUUUAAUUUCAUUUUCUUACUGAUAAUAGAUGCAUAAGUGAAAGUAUGUCUUCAUAUAUUUUUUAUUUAAUAUAAAAAUGACAUUACUUAAAGGAAUUGCGUUCUUGAAAACCCCAAUAAUUGCCAAUAUGUACAACAGUCUGCUGUGCUAUCCAUUGAAAUGUGACAGUAAUAAUGUAGCCAAACAUAAAAAUAUUAUUAUUCAUGUUAUAUACCGUGUUCUAAAAAGAAAUAUCUAUAAGAGGAAGUUUACUCCCUGCGGAAAUAUGUUUGUUUAAUUGUAAGGAAACGAUGAAAAUAUUUUCUAGAAAUUCUAAAGCUCUGUUGCCGAUUGACUAGGAUAAUCGAAUAAAUUUAAACCUAAAAUGCCAAAAAUAAAUCUAUGAUAACAUGAAAACACUUUGUGCCCUCGUAUUCCCAGAUAAACAUGAUAAUAUCGUAAAUUUAAUGUAACAAUCUGUGAGCAAAUUACCAAGAUCCUAUUAUUGCAAGCUGAGUAUAAGUUUCAAAUCUUAAUGUUAGGGGAUGAAAAGUCAGUUACCAUUAUCGCCAAAUAAAAUGUUGAGGUGACCCUUCA